ACUAUUUCUCUCUCUAAACUCUCCAAACUCUCAACCAACAACCCACAUGUUGAAUGGAGCCUGAGGGGUUUAUGUUGCUGUCAAACCUCCCGGCAAUAUCUGAACCACUUCCCGAAGCAGUCACGUGGUACAGCCGGGCAGCGAGGCUUCGGACGUCAUAAUUUUUGGCUCCUCCCCUAAAUGAAGCAAGCCUCGAUACGCGCUUCGAGGAAACGCCCCCUCCAUUACUCCACACACGCUUCGAAGCGUCGGCACAUCUCGUAACAACACUAGUUUUAACCACUGCCGUGGCACUGUUGAGCGUCCACAAACGCUAUUUACGCCAAAGCAACUGCGUCGGCUGUGGCUGCGUCGCGGCCCGACCGGACACAGGGCCGAGCCAACACUGCCUCUGCGGCGCGUGUGACGCCAUUUAGCUCCCUUUGAGUGCUCGCAGACCAAGGUGGCGCGAGUGGUGCUUCCGGGAUUUGGGGUCUCCCUUUGUGUGUUGUGUUUUUAAGUUAUCUCCGGUGCGGACCGUCCCGUGUGUUUGUGUGAGUGUGUUGAGGGCGUGCACGAGUGAUUGGGGUGCUUACUUUUCUUUUGGGACCCCACCCGGGCUGGUCUACCUCACCCGCCACCGACAAAACUGGAACAACGCGGAAGACCGACAGAAGGUUGUGACAGCUGUAUGGGACAACACAGUUCACAGGGUGCUAGAAUGACUUCGCCCGUCCGUGUGAUCGUGGUGGGAGCGGGCAGUCGAGGAGAGAUCUACUCCCAGUUUGCGUCCCUCUACCCUGACCGCGUUAAGGUUGUUGGAGUAGCGGAUCCAAGGAGAUUUGCUCGCACAAAACUUCAAAAGCAACACAACAUUUUAGAUGAAAACAUAUUCGAAGACUGGCACAGUAUAGUUGAAAGAGAGAAGUUUGCAGAUGCAGUGUUAAUUUGUACACCUGACCGCCUCCAUAAGGACCCCACGGUGGCCUUUGCAAAGCAGGGCUACCAUAUUCUGCUGGAGAAACCAAUGGCAACAACUGCCGAAGACUGCACAGCAAUUGUGGAGGCUUGCACUCAGAGUGGCGUGAUGCUAUCCGUGGGUCACGUUCUCCGAUAUGAUCCGGUCAUCCACAAGAUAAAGGAACUGAUAGAUGCCGGAGUAAUCGGGGAUGUGAUGCACAUUCAGCACCUUGAGCCGGUCGGGUUCUAUCACUUUGCUCACUCGUUUGUUCGAGGGAACUGGAGGAAUGAAGCGGAGAGCUCUUUUUCUCUUUUGGCUAAAUCGUGCCAUGACAUCGACCUGAUACAUCACUGGGCCAGACCACGCAGGUGUGUGAAAGUGUCAUCUUUCGGAUCCGUCAGCCACUUUGGAAAAGAAAACAAGCCGACAGGUGCCGGAAAUCGCUGCCUGGAUUGUUCAAUAGAAGGAAACUGUCCGUACUCGGCCUCCAAAAUCUACUUGGACAGAGUGAAACAGGGUCACACUGGCUGGCCUGUAUCAGUCAUAUGUACGAACUCGCUCCCAGACAUCGAGUCCGUGACUGAGGCCCUGAGGACCGGGCCGUAUGGCCGCUGUGUCUACGAGUGUGACAACGAUGUGUGCAGUAACCAGGUUGUUAACAUGGAGUUUGAAGGGGGUCUGACGGCAUCCUUUUCCAUGGUGGCAUUCACUGAGGAGAUAUGCAAGCGAAAAACAACAAUCUAUGGCAGCAAGGGGGAGCUGUCAUGUGACGGCCACGAGGUACGUGUGUUUGACUUUCUGACCCAGAGAUCCACGAAGCACAAGGCACACAACGACGCCCCCCGGCACUUUGGCAUGAGUGGACAUGGUGGAGCCGACUACCACCUCAUGGGGGCCUUCAUUUCCGCUGUGGCUAACAAUGAUCCCUCCCACAUCCGUUCGGGUCCUGAAGAGACGCUGCUGAGCCACUUGCUGGUGUUUGAAGCGGAGCGUUCCCGGCUGGAGAGCCGGGUGGUGUACUGCGGCGACAUUGGCCAAAGACCGAUGAGCGGAAAACACACCGAUGUUAAAAUGAUCUCACCUUGAAAAUCAAACACUAGAUUGAAGCUGAGCAAAGUGUACUAAUUAUUUUUAAAGUUUCACGGUGGUAUCAAUUUGUUAAUUGUUGUACCCUCUUCAUCCGUAGUAGUGUCUCGCAAAAUGAAGGAAUUUUAAACCAAAAAAAAGUUUUCUCUUCCUCCCAGACAGAAUUCUCCACUUCACUAGCUCUUCAACCACACUUUUCAGUUUCAUUCCUGCCUAAAUUGUGAAGUUUCUUUGACCAAGUUUGUUCAUAGAAGAUUUAUAGAACAUUUUCCUUAACAGUAUCUGAUAAAAAGAGAUAUUAAAAAGUAUCUCUUAAAAAAACUACUAAAUUUGGAUAUUUAAACAUAACAUUUCAGAGAAUGUGUCAAUCAAAAAUAUAAAUGUCUAAAUGUAAGUUUCAUGUUUAUAUCUAUAAAUUAACAUUUGAACCCUAUUUCUUGUAGUCUCCUUUUAAACCAAUCGACUGAACUGAGGGCCAAAUCAUUGUUGAGUUUAUAUUGCUCAGGGAUUUUAAGUGUCUGUUUGUUUGUUUGUUUGUUUGUAUGAAUGAGUGAGGAGAGGCCAGUGAGGCGAGGUGAUUGAGGCGAGUGAGUGAACUGGUUCAAGUGCCGUACCAAGCCAAGAACAUGAUCAUUUGUUGUUCAGCAUGUCAUAUUGUUAUGGUUGGAUUAAGUAGUGUUCAUGUGAAGUGUUCCUAUAAUUUAGAGUAAAAAUGUAUGUUCUUGAAAUUGUGUUUGAAUCAUUGUUUGCUCUUCAUUUCGUCCCACGCACAUAACUGAGACCUGUCAGAAUUCAUAUCUCAGGAUAUGCAUGAAUGCGACCAGUUUGUUGAUGGUUUAUUUCACUCUGAACAGCGACUUGAAAUGCUUAGGCUACAUUACUAAAAUUUCAUUAAAUAACCAAAAUAAAUGUA